AGCGAGCCAUACGGGAUGGCCGUCGAGAAUACUUGUCUCAGGACGGGAUAAGAUGUCGAAGUCGGGUCUUGUGUGCGACGGCGAAGGGAGGCGAGGAGCUACGCGGCAUCAGCACCAGCAAAGCGGUAGAACGGCGAAGAAUGUACAGGAAGGAGCGGCUCCGGUUUGACCGAGUUCAGGACAUGCCUCAUUUCUUCAUCGCUGGGUGAGCAACACCAAAAGCGCGGGCGUCUACAUGACGGCACGACCGUGCAGCGACUUCACUUGCACUGAACACCAAGAGGAGAUGGCUCCACCAACACACCAUUUCCCCGUCACUGUCAUCGACCACUUUGCUGAUCCAAUACACCUGGAAGCAUUGAAAGACCCGAGUGCUUGUCCGCUACAUGUUCUGACCCAGUAUAAAUGCCGUGUAACGCCAACAACCAUUGUAUGUGGACCACUUGAUCGAUACUUCCGGCUGUGCAGGGAUAAACAGGGGAGGAACCGGUCUGUUGAGGUUACGUGGAUGAUGCAGAAGGGGUGGAAGGCGUUGGAGGACAAAGGACCAUGUAGACGAGAGUGUAUGCGGUGUACAACACUGCAUUGUUGAAUUGCAUAUUGUUGCGAUGUCGACGCAACCGAGAUACCCCAGAAGAUA